AUAAUGGGGUAGCUUCAUUGCAAAUCUCGUGGAGAGCCAUGUUCAAGAAAACUCUACACACUGCCCAAACUUAAGACACCAGUAGUCAACAUGCCCACAUUCAAAAUUGCAAUUAUUGGUGCCGGUCCGUCGGGCUGUACUCUUGCUCGCCUUUUGCUCCACAGAAAUGUCGACGUUGAUGUCACCAUUUUCGAGAGUGAGAAGGCAAUAAAUUCCCGAACCCAAGGCGGCACGCUUGACCUUCACACAGCCAGCGGAAUCAAAGCUCUCCAACAAUGCGGACUGUACGACGAGUUCUUGAAGUUGGCCAGGUUUGAUGCAGAAGCUUUCCGGCUAUGCAAUAAGCAUAUGCAAUCCUUCGUUCACUUCAAAGGUACCAAGGACGCCAAAAACACGCGAGGACGACCCGAGAUCGACCGAAUCCAAUUACGGCAAUUGCUAUUGGAUGCACUACCUCAUGAUAUUAUACGAUGGAACCACCACCUGAAAUCUGUCGAAGAAAUCAACGGAAGAUACCAUCUGCACUUCCGAGAUCGACCUUCCGAAACUGGUUUUGACCUAGUGGUUGGAGGAGAUGGUUGCUGGAGCCAUGUACGCAGCCUUCUGACCGAUGAAAAGCCGUACUAUUCAGGAAUCUCAGGCGUAACCUUUCUAAUAUCAAAUCCAAAGGAUAUGCAUCCGGACCUGUACGAACUUGUUGACCGGGGUUCGCUGUUCGCGAUUGCCGACCACAGGAGCGUUAUGGCCCAGCAACUGGGCUCUGGCUCCAUAACUGUCUCAUACUGGAGCGUCCACCCUGAGGAUUGGGUCAAACAAUUCGAGUCUAGAAUAGAAGACGUCGAAUUCGUUAAGCAGAUUGUGCUUAAGGAUCUGGAGGGCUGGGACCCUAGACUGCGACAGUUUAUCGAAAGUGCCGAUGGCGGUGUCGUGCCGCGGAAUCUGUAUAUGCUGCCUGUGGGAAACAGGUGGAAGAACAGGCUCGGCAUCACACUUCUCGGUGACGCUGCCCAUGUCAUGACCCCAUUCGCUGGAGAGGGCGUCAACUUAGCGAUGACUGAUGCGAUGAAGCUGGCUGGGUUUAUCGAAACUGCGGCAACAGCAGGCACGACGGAAGCUCUAAUAACCAGUAUUAAAGCUUAUGAAGAAGACAUGUUCGAGCGGGCGAAGAUUGUCCAGAAACAAACCUAUGACAUGAUGAGCGCGUCAUUUCUUGAUGAUGGAGGCUUGGACAAGAACAUCGAGCAGUAUGUCACGACUGCGGCAGCAGAUGAGAUACCGGGUUUCUUAAAGCCCGUGUUCAGGAUGGCGGCGAAAUGCUACUUCAAAGUCUGGAGAUGGCGAAAUCCCAAUCCGGAGGCGACAUCGUAGACACUAUCUCUGCGAAAAAAAAUGGGCGUCGUAGAAAAGGAAAGUAGCGCUUUAAGGACUCGGUAUUCAACUAGGCAUUGGUGAAAAUACCCAAUGUAGAUAUUACCUAAAGCAAGGGCUCAUAAUCAUAUACG